AUGGCUAAGAAAGGUAAAAGCAGCUCAAAGGUCUCUACGCCAGUUAUAGAGAAAGUUGAUACUAAAAAGUCAGGUAAAAAGGGUAAGAAGGGAAAGAGUGAGGAACCAGCUGAAUAUAUAGACCCUAAAGAGGCUAACAGAGCAAAACAGCAACAAAAUAGAGCUAAAGUUACCUCUACAGCUAGUUGGACUGGUAAAUUACCACAUACAAUUUUACAUGAAAAUUGUCAAAAAAGAAAAUGGAAUAAGGUCGAAUAUGAUAUGAAGAGAAUUGGAGACAAAGGUUUAGUUGCAACUGCAGUGAUCUCGUAUACAGAUCCAAAAACAAAAGAAGUUAUCACAAUUAAAAUGCAUGAUCCAACUUACGACAAAACAACAGGAAAAGGUCUGUCUUUACCUCAAGAGACACCAAUGGAGGCUCGACAUAUUGCAGCCACUAUUGCUCUAUAUCGUAUUGCAUAUAACACUAAUAUGCAAAUGAUGUUACCUCCUAAUCACAAAAAUCUUUGGUAUGAUCUAAGCGACUAUAGAAAAGACCUAUUAGAGAGUAACCCAAAAAAGGCAGCUACCUUAUUUGAUGUGGAUCCAUUUAAAUCAACUUUGGAAGAAAGAAAGAAAAAAGAACAACAAGAGAAGGAAAGGGAUGCUAGAUUUCAACAAUCUCAAAAGGAAAAUAAACGAACGAUUGUAAUAUCAAUUAAUUCAUCAUCUGAAGAUAGAGAAAAAAAUAAUAACAAAUCCAGUUCCAAGAGUAAAAAUUUCAAAAGUUUGAAUCAGGAUAAAAUUAAUUCGAUAAAAAAUAGCAAUCUUGUAUCGUUUCCAAGAAAAGUUUGGGAUAACGCCACAUUUAUUGAUUUAAGCGAGACUACGAGACAACUGAUAGAGGUAUCAUUAAAACACUAUAUUAAUUGGAAUUACCAACUAUAUAAUGAUAAGUAUAGUACUCCUCAAUCAAAGGAAGCUCGUAAGGCUUUAGAAAAUAAAUUGCUUUCAUUAAAUUUUAGAAAACCACAUGUAACAGAAGCGAUGCAAUACCAAGAUCCAUUAUCUUUUUUGUUAUUUAAUUUGCCAGAGGAUGACCUACCACCAUUUUUUCAUAAGCGUAAAGAAGAUUCAGAUAAUGUUAUUGAGAUUGCAAAGCUACCAUUGGCGACUAGAAACAUAAUCGAUAGAUUAGGAGAGAGCGGCUUAUCCAAGGACGUCAUAUUACUUUGCUUGGAACAAUGCAAUUUUAAUGAAGCAGAAGCUGCAGGAAUGCUUACAUUAAAUAGUUUACCUUCAUUAAAAAUUGAUAAAUCUCAAUACGUGAGUGAAGAAGGCUCUCGGAAUAUGUGGGAUGAAGAAUUAGAAAGUUUGAAAAGUAUUUACGGUGACUCGAUAGAAAUAAAUAAUAAGGAAGAUAGUCUUACAAUGGUUUUACUUGAGAAAUUCCAUUUAAAGGUAAAGUUUUAUAAAACUAAAUAUUAUCCUUCAACUUUACCGGGAAUAAUAGUUUCAACACUUGAAAAAUCAGUUACUUUACCAAACUACAUAAAACAACAAAUUAUAUUAAAACUUUUGCAUUACAUUCAAACUAUGGAAUUACUUAAUGACAUGAUGUUGUAUAACAUCUAUGAAUGGUUAGUUGAUAAUGUUCCAAAAAUUAUUGAAAACCCUGGCUCGUUAUUAUCGGAUGGUGAUCUUGAAAAGUCAUUAUUAAACAAUAGUAAGGAAAUUAAAAGUUCAACUUCGAAUAAAAUAAAGAAGAAGAAUCGUUCCCAACAAAAUUUAUUGACAGAUAGUGAUAUUGCAAAUUUAAAACUUGAAUAUCAGUUAAGAAUGAAAUCUACAGAUUAUCAGUUAAUGAAAAACAAUAGAAUGAAUCUUCCAGCCUGGAAAGAGCAACAAGUAAUCACUGAUUUAUGUUUUCAAAAUGAUGUUAUAUUGAUUACAGGUGAAACUGGUUCAGGUAAAUCUACACAAGUCGUUCAAUUCAUUUUAGAUCAUUUAGUUCAAAAAGGGAGAUUUCAAACAAAAAUUAUAUGCACUCAGCCUAGAAGAAUUUCUGCAAUCGGUUUAGCAGAACGUGUAUCAGAAGAAAGAUGUACCUCCUGUGGUGAUGAAGUUGGGUAUGUUAUUAGAGGUAUUAAUAAAACCAAUGACAAAACUCGUAUAAAAUUUAUGACAACCGGUGUUUUGGUUAGAAUUUUACAAACAGAUAUCAACUACUUAAGAGACUCCAUUAUUGUCAUUGAUGAAGUACAUGAAAGGUCAAUCGAUACAGAUUUGGUGGUGAUUCUUUUGAAGAAUUUGUUGGAAAAGGUUAAAGGAUUAAAGAUUAUUCUAAUGAGUGCAACUGUUAAUGUUGAUGUAUUCAAAACGUACUUUAAAAACUUAGGUCAAUGCCAUAUUGAAGGUCGUACAUAUCCUAUAAAGGAUUACUUUUUAGAAGAUAUUUUAACAUCAACGAAUUUUACAAUUGAAAAAGCUAAAGGGAAAUAUGAAUAUGAUGAUGAUGUUAAUGAGGCACCUCAGAAUAUAGCACCAUCAGCCGAAUCAAACUUUUUUAAAAGCGGAAAUAUUAAUUAUGAUUUAAUUUCAGAACUUAUAGUGUACAUUGAUCAACAGCUAAAAAAGGAACAAAACGAUGGUUCCGUUAUUGUUUUCUUGCCUGGUGUUGCAGAAAUUAAUAAAUGUUGUAGAAUGUUAGAGAGCAAUAACAAAUCCAAUGAAUUUGUUGUUUUACCGUUACAUUCUGCAUUGACUCCAGAAGAGCAAAAACGAGUUUUCAAGAAAUUCGGGUCGAAGAGAAAAAUCGUUGUAUCAACUAAUAUAGCUGAAACUUCUAUUACGAUCGACGAUUGUGUUGCCACCGUUGAUUCUGGACGUGCUAAGACGAUGUUAUACAACUCUAGGGACAAUACCACUAGAUUAGUAGAAGCAUUUAUUUCAAAAGCAGAAGCUAAACAGCGUAGGGGUCGUGCUGGUAGAGUGCGUGAAGGUUUAUCAUUCAGGCUAUAUUCAAAGAGGUUGUAUGAAGAAGACAUGGUUGAGAUGCCAACUCCGGAGAUUAGAAGAACCUCUCUUGAAUCGUUAUACUUAUCAGUGAAGUCAAUGGGUGUUAAAGACGUUAAGAUGUUUUUAUCUGGUGGUUUGGAUCCUCCACCAACUGCCUCCUUGAAAAAAGCCGAAGAUAUGUUAACUACUGUAGGUUUAUUAAAAAACGAAGAUAAUUCAUUGACCCAACUUGGUCAAUUUAUCAGUUUGAUGCCAGUUAUGGAUAGUAAACACGGUAAAUUAUUAAUAUACAGUAUUAUCUUUGGUUGUGCAGAUUUAGGUGUAUUAAUUGUAUCUACUUUAAGUGGGAACUCACUUCCAUUCUUAGCUGGUGUCGAAAACAGAGAUAAAGUUAGAGCUAUUUUGUCUAAGAAUGAAUCUCUUGGUGAUGUAUUAAGUACGGUUCUACUAUUGAAGAAAUACAUUUCGUUAAAUGAUAGUACAUCUAAAAGAAAUUUUAUGAAGGAGAAUUUCUUAUCCUUUAAUAAAGUUUCUGAUAUUAUGUCAUCGAGAACUCAAUUCUACUCAAUCCUAAAGGAUGUAGGGUUCUUGCCUAUGAACUACCGUCCGGGGUCUUCUGAUGAGUUGAAUGUAAAUGAAAACAAUUUACCAUUGAUUAAAUCCAUAUUAGCUGGUGCAUUUUAUCCGAACAUAACGCGUGUAGAGUUACCAGAUGCUAAAUUUGCAAGUACUAGUGUUGGUGCCAUUGAAAAAAAUGCCGAUGCAAAACUAAUUAAAUACUGGAUUAGAAAUGAAAAUUAUAUACAGAAAUUGAACGAAGUUAGAGAAAAAUUAAAGAGCAACCCAGAUUUCCAUAUAGAAAGAGAUCAAUUACCUCUCCCAGCGACUAAAUCCUUCAUUCAUCCUUCUUCUGUAUUAUUCUCCACGAAAUCUUUGAAUGAAGAGGAGAUGGAAUCUCUUUCUCUAGAUUAUGCGCCAGUAUUGAAAAACAAAAAUACUGAAAUAACUAAAUAUCCAUUCCUUGUAUUUACAGGUUCAUUUGUAACGUCCAAGUUGUUUUUGAAAGAUAUAACACCUACUUCCACACUGGCAGUAUUACUAUUUGGUGGACCAAUCAAUUACGAAACCAAUGGUGCCACUCAUUCGCAAGGCAUUGUUGUCGAUGACUGGCUGCCUAUUAGGACAUGGUGUAAAAACGGUGUGUUGAUGAAGGAAUUAAGAAACUUACUUGAUACUGCCAUCAAAGAAAAAUUAAUCAAUCCCCAAUACACUAGUGGGCAAACGGAAACCUCGUCAUCAGCUGAUGUAAUUCUUAAGACAGUUCAAAAGAUAAUAACAAUAGAACAAAGUAAAUAG